AUGAAACAAAGACCUAGGCUAUCCUCACAUCAUGAUAUACUAUUGAAUAUAAAACAAAGCCCAAAUCAAAUCCAAGAAGACGUGUUUUACCUCUAUAAAAAGCGGCAGCCAUUUUCCUUGAGUAAUCAAUUAGCGAUUUCUCCAAUUUCAGAUCGACCUCCUUUAUACCCUACAAAAAUUAGCAAGAAAUUUAUAUAGUUAACUACACUGACUAGCACGGGGUGCUUUUGGCUCGAAACUGAGCCAAAAGCACCCCGUGCCAGUCAGUGUAGUUCACUAUAUAUUUUUUCCUAAGCCACUGGAUUUAUAGUAUGCAUUUACAAGCAAUAAAAUUCGCAAAAAAGGGCUAAAAAAUUUUAAUAUUAAAAAUUAUUUAUAUAUUAAUAGUAUAAGAAAUAUAAACAGCUACUGUAAUAGCCAAAGAUCAAGCUCAAGAUCUUCAAAUAGAAGCAGUUCACAAGACAGCAAUUCGAGCUUAAACGAUUCAAAUUCCAUGAGAUCCAAUUUUUCAAACUCGAUAACGAAAAAGCACUUGAAAAUGUAUCACGAGUAUUUUGAACAAGAUAAAGAAAAUGCCAGCAAUCUUAUUGAUUUAUCUUCUAAAAUCAAGAAAAGGAUCAAUAAAAAUGCAAAGGAAAUAUUUUCAAAAGAGGAAAAGCAAGAAGCAUUUGAUGAGUAUAAAGAUACUCAAGAAAAAAUCAAUAAGAUUUCAAAGGGGAGAUUACCUUCGACUUUUUUAUUCAAAAUAAGCACGAAAAGGUUUUAA